AUGACCACGACCACAUCAAGGUCAACGCACCUCGUCGAUGCCGCUAUGGUGACAGACUCUCACUCUUUUAUCAUUACUCGCACCCUCGUGGAUGCGGCAGUGUCGACAGAGGAAGUUGAAGUUAGUGAGGCUACCGAAAGGUACCAGGCCGGAGACAGAUGGAAGACCCUAGAUGCGAUUCCAUGUAUCAAGGGUGGCAUAACGGCGCUUGUCGCAUCUCUUGGCGGCACUCUCCAUGCACCCACUCACACUGGCUUCCCCUGGAUGACCCUGCCCAAGGAGCUAGCCCGCCUUGGAUAUGUCCUCGUCAACUACCCUGACGAGACUUUGGUGCCUGGCGAGAAGCGACCUACACUAUCUCGUUCCAAAGGCAUUUGCGAUAUGACCGUUCACCACCGUCAUAGUCUCAUCAACGCCCUCAAGACAGGCACUCUUACCAUACAAGAAGUGACGAGUGGUGCUGCCCGCACACGCCUCACCACAUCCAAUGAUCCUGUUAUCAUCGGAGAGGCCCCCCCACCUCGCUCAGUACACUCUCGCGGGCGGCGGGUAUUCGCUAAUGGUCGCAUCGACCGAAAGGGUCUUCCCCGUGUUGUUCUGCCUCCUGCUUUACCUACACCUCGUCGUCCCAUCCAAGUGUCUGUUGAAAUAACACAGCCACCACCAUCCUUAGCUUCUAGAGCAGUCCACAAAGCAAGUCAACCCUCUGCCACAGAUACUAAGGAUCUUAUUCUGUCGAUUGCUUCCGUUGACGGGUCAGCGUCUGGCUCUGAAUAUCACACUGCUGACGAUGAAAAUGAUUUCCUGGUCGAGGAGUCGCAGGUCAGUGAGGGCGACAGUUACCCUGCCAAACGCUUGACGAGGAGUUACACACAGCUUAGUGAGAGCGAGAGUUGUACGCAGGUUAGUGAGAGCGAUAGUCGCCCUACGAAACGCUUCAGAUUGACGAGGAGUCGUGCGUUCUAA